AUGAUGGGCCAGUCGUGGAAUACCAAUCAUGUGGCCCUCUACACGUUCAUCCGUCUUCAUCGAUUCUUCUUGUCUUAUCGAGGCUUCCUUUCCUAUUCGUACUCCAACUACUGCGUCCUUGCAUUCCACGCUGAAGUCAAUAUAAAUAUCGGUAACUCGGUGCCACCUUAUUCACCGGGAAAGGCUGUAUACAUGGGCAGCAUCGUGACGGCUGCUGGUUGCAACAUCGUGCAUUUAUCAUUAUGCGCGUGCGAACGAGAUGGCGAGUAUGGCAUUUCGAAUGGCGAGAAGGAUGAGGAUGCUCCACUCGGCGCCCAGGACACUCCCAGGACACGUUGGGCAACACAUCCGCUCUUAUUCAAGAGCGUCGAGGACAAGGUCAAUCCUGCUGGUCUCAUUGACGAUAAAUUAGUCAGGUCGGCUGGCAAACUCGAGCUGUUGUCGCGUAUUUUCCCCCAAUCCUUCUCAACAGGUUCUUAUUUUCUUCCAAAUGACGAAGGUCAUGGGAAAUUCUUGAAGAUGAUGAACUGGAAGUAUCUUCGCCUUGAUGGUAGUAUGAAGACGGAGGAGCAUGCCAGGUACGAUCCACCCGUCUCAGCACUCAAUGUACCAUCUCCCACUCCUCCACAACCCAUGCCAAACAGAUACUUGAUAAAUCUCCCUCUGAUUCUUCGCGACCUCCGCUCACACGGCGCAACUCUACGUGAUCACGAGGUCCACAAGUCUAUUGGAGGUCUUGAUGGUCGAAUCAAGCACCGUAAGCUUCUUGGUCGCCAGGAGGUUGCCAUGAAUGAAGCACAUGAGAAACAUAUCCAGCAGCACAUGGCAGAGCAGCAAGGUCUCGUUUUAUUGGUGAAAAACCCCAACAUUUAA